CAGGUUGAAGAGGUGAAGAGGUCCUAUAUCCUAACCCAGGGUCCAUUACCGCACACUUGUGAUCAUUUCUGGCAGAUGGUCUGGGAACAGAACUGCAAAGGAAUACUGAUGCUUAAUAAAUGCAUUGAGAGAGGAAUGAACAAGUGCUAUCCUUAUUGGCCUCAGGGUCAGGAUGAGCCGGAGGUGAUGUUCGGCAGGUAUAGGAUUGAACUGAUCUCCAUUGAGGACUACUCAUUCUUUCGGUUGUCACACCUUCAGCUGGAGAAUGUUGAAUCUUUUUCUCUCUCUCUCCCUCCCUCCUCCUCUCAGAUUGAAGACACUGAUGAUUACAAUUCAGUUGAAAUUCAGGAGGUUCUUCUUAACAUGAGGAAGCAGAGACUGGGUCUCAUACAAACCCCUGACCAGUUGAGGUUUUCGUAUGUGGCCAUACUCCAGAGGAUAUGGAAGAGAAUGGCCGACGCUGACGAUGAGAAGAGAAGCCAAGAAGAAGAGGAGGAGGAUGAUCUACCAGGGAGUGAAUCUGAGGAGAUUGAAGAUGAAGAUGAUGAGUCGGGUCAGAAUGGUACCCAGAAGGUCAAUAUUUAUAAAGAUCAGGACUUCAGUAAUGAUGCUCCGCCCCCUAUACCGCCCAGACCACCAGACAUGAUAAGGAAUGAAUCACCUUCUCCUCCUCCUCCACCAAACCUACCACCACCAG